AUGAUUGCUUACUUUUUUGUAUCAUUAUUUUAUCCUUUUUCACUGAUUUGCUCAUCAGUUAUAAGAGCAAAUGUUGUAUCAUAUUUUUAUUUUAUAGUAUUUUUAAUAUCAAUAUUUUCUUUACCUCACAAAUCAUUUGCAAUUAAAAAUAAAAUAUCAUCAUUUUUACCAAUAAUUACAUUGUUUUUGUCAAUUAGUAGUUUAAUCAUUUAUCUUGUAGUUAAUGUAUUAAAAUUAAGUAAACCAGAAGCAUGGAAAGAUUUUGGAUUCGUUGUAUUUUCAAGUCCUUUUAAUGGAUUUAUAAAUAUCCUCCCCGAUGUUAUUGCAUUUGUAUUUUCAUUAAUUACAUUAAUACUAUGGUUCAAGAAUCUGGUUUUUCCUAUUCCUGCAUCACAAAAGAAAAAUUCAAAUAAUAAUAAUAUUCCAAUCAAUUCAGAUAUCGACUCACCUUUACCUAAUAAAAAUAUUCAUCAUCAACAUCAUGAAAUCAUCCACGAACCACCCCCAAGAAGUUUAACAGGAUUUGCAUUCAUAAUGCUUUCAAUUUCAUCAAUUUCUUUCCCAUCAGUUAUUAAUGGAUUUUAUUAUAUACUUACUGUUGGCUUUGUUUUAGCUUUGGCAACAAGAUUUUCAGUUCAUAAAGUUAUGUUAAAAAUAUAUCCAUUGAUUUUAAUAGGAUCAUUAUCUCAUUUAGUUUUAAUUUAUUUUUAUCAAAUUCAAUAUAUUUAUAAUAGAUAUUAUAAAGAUUUUCAAUCGUGGUAUGGCCUUAUAAACUAUAAUGAUUGGGAUUCAAGUAAAUGGCCACUCGUGGUUGGUUAUAUUACUGUUUUAUUACUCUAUAUUUCAUUGUGUAUAAUUACAAGAAAACAACAACUAUUUACUCAAACUAAACCAAGAUACAGACACAAGUUUGGUGUUAUGAAUGAUAUCAUUCAAAAUGUAUCAAUUCAAAAAAGUAAUAUUACAAAACUUGCAAUUAUUUUUAGUAAACAUGGUUGGACUAUUUGUUGUACUCAAAUUAUAGUUGUUUGCUUUGUAUUACAAUCAAGCAUUGCAUCAGCUGUUUUAUUAUUUUCAGGUUUAGUUUGUACUUUAAUACCGUUAAAAGCAUUUAAAAAAGUGAUUUAUUUAAUUUUAAUUUAUCAUUUAUUAUUUAUGGGUGCUCAAUAUAUUUUUAAUAUCGGACUUGGUUUUCAAGAAACAGAUUUAACAGAUAAUAUUGGUUUAAUUCGUUAUUCAAAUAAAUGGUUAUAUAUUGGUAUUCAAAUGAUUGUAGCUUUUACUUUAAGUUUAUAUUGCUUCUACAGUGAUAUUAAAGAUGAAUCAAUAAUCAAAAAAGAUAAUAUCAGUUCAGUUCCACAACAAUCACAACAACAAUCACAACAACAAUCACAACAACAAUCACAACAAACAAUAUAUCAAAAAUCAUCAAAUCAACAAACAUUUUCCCCAAAACCAAAUUUCUCUUCACCUAAAGCAACAACAACAACAACUAAUGAAAGAAAUUUAGUUAGACCAAGAAAGCCAUUACCACCAUUACCAUUAUCAAUGGCAAAUAAAUCAUCACUAGCAAUGUCAUCAACGUCAAGUAUGGGCUCGUUUAAACAAACAAAUAAAACUAUAAUUGGAUUUCCAAUGUCGCCAUCGAUGAACCAAAUUGAAAUUAAUGACAACUUUGCUAUAGCAUUUCCAUCAGUUGUUUUGUUUAAAGACUCUAUGAAUAAUAGUUUAAAGAAAUUAAAAUCUCGUUAUGGUCAAUCAGUAAAUCAAUUCUUUAGAUCAAUCAGAGCCAUUAUUGAGGUGUCAUUUCUUUCGAUUAUUGGUCAAUCCUAUAGAUUGGCUUUGGUAGGCUUAUUCUUUUGUGGUCUUACAUCUAUUAACCUUUUAAAUGCUGGCUAUAUGUUGUUCUUUAUUCUUUUUGUAAUUAGUGAAACAUUGGCUUCAAAGUUAUGGAUGUUUUUAAUUAUUUAUGCACAAAUGGUAUUACUUUCUCUCUAUGUUUGGCAACUAUCAUGGACAAGUGGAAAAGCAAGCUAUAUUACAGAAUUAAUAGGUAUGACAAAUUUCAAAGAUCAAGCACUUUGGAUUGGUUUGAUUUGGCAUUUAGUAAUUAUCACUUUUACUACAAUUCAAUGGAAUGUUAAUAAGCUUUAUCAAAGAGGUAUUUUUUCAAACACUACUUCAAUUAUUAAAUCUGAAUAUGAAGAAAAUGACCACAUCGAGAUUGAGGAGUCUUAUUUACCAUCAUCAUCAUCAUCAUCAAAUGUUGAACAAAAAGUUCCUCAAGAGGUUAAAUAUGACCCACAUAAAGAUAUCCCUAAAUUUUUAUUAAUUUUUGGUGUAUUCCUUUAUUCAACUAUCCAACAACUAUCAUUACCAUUCUGUUACUUAGUUAUAGUUAUUGUAUCCCUUUUCACCCAAAGCUCACUUAUCAAUAUUGCAUACAUGGCCACUGUAUUCCUUUGCCUAUUAAUUCACCAUGUUUCUGCAAAUGGAUCCACCCAUAUUAAAAGAUUUUGGAUUAUUAUGAUUAUAACACAAGGUAUUGUUUUAAUCGCAAGAUAUGUUUAUCAGUUUGACCAAAUUUCAAAUUGGAUUAUUGCCGCUUUCCCUCAGAGCCGUUAUAUAAGCUUAAAUGACAUUGGUCUUGUAAACUAUAGCAGCCAUCCUCAAACUAGAUUCCUCGAGCUAUUUGGAAGCUCAUCAAUUUUAGUAGUAUGUGUAUUCCAAUUGACCGUAUUCUUUUCAAAACCAGCAGAAGAAACCUACUCUAGUUAUUCUCCAAAUAAUUUUCCAUUCUUUGAAAAAUUCCUCUAUGUUUUAAAGAAAAUAUGCUAUUUACAUGGUCCAAAAGUUGUCUUGUGGGCAGUGUUUUUGGUUGCAAUCAAAGAUAUCAACUUGUUUAAUUUCAUCUAUAUGAUAAUGAUUGUAGUUAGUAUGUCUUUUAAAAAGGGAACUUAUCGUAUCGGAACAUUUUUAUUAUUUUACUCUCAACUUUGGGUACUUACUCAAUUAGCGGCCUUAUUACCCUCAUCAGUUCAAAAUCUAGUCGAUAAAGAUCCUACAACCACAUUUUUUAUGGGUUGGGUUGGUUUAGAUGAUAUCAAUAAGCUUUCAAAAUAUCCAUCAUGGGAUUCCGUUAGGUUUAACUUGGCUGUUAUUUUAAUAAUUUCAAUUCAACAGGCAUCUUAUUGGUGGAAUAAACAGUAUGGUCAAUCAAAUAAAUCUUCACCAAAAGAAAAGAAACAAAUUAGUAAUAAACUAAAUGAUAAUUUAUCGUUAUUACAAAAUGAUCAAAAUAAUCAAAAUGAUGAAAUAGAAAUUAUAGGUCAACAAGAUAAUAAUAAUAACAAUAACAAUAACAAUAACAAUAACAACAAUAACAUUGAUAGUACAAGUGUAUCAGAAAGAAUUAUUUGGUAUAUUUCAAAUCUUUAUGAACUAUAUGGUUUAGAAAUUGUAUUUUUAAUAUUGGCAUUUGCCUUAUUCUGGAAAUUAUAUAUAGUCAGUGUAUUGUAUUUAAUAGUUAUCGCAAUAGGUUUAAAUAUUGAAAAGAGCAAAUUACCAAAACUUAUAUAUGUUAGUGCCCUUUUAGCCCCAAUUAUUUUAAUUCAAUAUUUGUUAUUAUUAGUAGUACCAACACAUUAUAAUCACUAUCCAUGGUUAAAUACAAAAUUUUUAAUUAGUCAUCCAAUCAUAGAAAAUAUAUUAUUAAUAUUAAGACCAGAUAAAUAUGUUUUAGUUAUAAACUUUUUAGUAUUGUUCUUCUCAAUGUUAUUAUUUAAACAAAGAUAUAAAUUUUAUCUUUAUCAAAAAAAUAAUGAUCAAAUCAACAAUCCAAAUGGACCAAACGAAAAUUUCAAACCCUUAUAUCCAAAAAAUUUCUUCAAGUUUAGCGAGUUGGAUAACUUUACAAAAGAACCUAGAGCUUGGUACAAUGAACUUCGUUAUAUGAUCAUCAGAUAUAGUUCUCAAGUAAUUUUAAUUGUCAUAUUUUUAGCUGGUACCGCCGAAUGUGAUAUUUUGUCUUGUUUCUAUGUUCUCUUUUCUGUCUAUGUUUUAUUUAGUGGUAAUGCACACUCAAGAAAAUGGAGUUAUCUUUGGAAAUCAUUAAUGAUUUACAAUUGGUUAGUCUUAUUAGCACAGGUUUUAUUCCAAAUUGUUGUAGUUUAUCGUCACGAAUUUAUUACAAAUAGAGAUACAAUGUUUGGUUCAAGUAGUGACAGCUUUGGUAGUAGUAGUAGUGGAAGUGGAAGUGGUAGUGGUAGUUACGAUUCAAAUAAUGAUUAUUUACCAGAAGAAGGUUAUCGUAUUGCUAAAAUUUUUGGUUUUGAAAUAGAAACUUCAAAUCUCUCAGUCUCUACAAUUAGUGAUGUAAUUAUUUUAGUACUUUUAGCUUAUCAAAAAAUGGUUUACUUUAGUCAAGAUUUCCAAAUAUUAGAAGAUCAUUUAAAAAAUAAAAGAGAUCUAAAUUAUGAAAAUGCUCGUGAAUUUUACAAAAAUAGAAGAACUGCAAGAAUAGAACAAUUAAAUUCAAUUCAAAAUAAAAUAGACCAAAGAAGACAAAGACUUCAACACUUAAAAGUAAAAAGAAUUAAUAGAUUAGUUAACAAUGGUAAUAAAAAUGAACCAUUGUCAUUAGGAGAUAGCUCAUUUUUACCAAAAGAAGAUCCAAAUGAACAAGAUAAUGAAGAUAAUCGUAGAGAAAUUGAGGAUUUAUUAAAUAAUAAUAAUAAUAAUAAUAAUGAAAAUAAUGAUAAUGAAAAUAAUGAUAAUGAAAAUAAUGAUGAUUUAAUUUCAAAUAGUAGCGAAAAUAAUAAAGAUGAAGAAAAUCAAAAAGAUAAGAAAGAAUCAAUUUUCAAAAAAUAUUUUAAUAAAUUUUUAGAUUGGUUAGAUCCAUUACCAGAAUAUUUAUUAGAAAAUUUAAAGAAACAACAAGAAAGAGAUCAAAAGAUAAAAGAAGAAAAACAACAAGAGGAAUUUGGGGAUCAAUCACAACAGCAAGAAAAAGAACAUGGGUUAGAACAAAGCGAAGACGAGAUUGAAGUUUCGUUAAAACAGGCACCUGGGGAUUAUAGAAAUAGUGUUUUUAUUGAUUCAGAAGAAAUGAGAGUGGCUCUAUUACAUAUGGAACAAAUUAGACAAAAAAGAUUAUUAGAAGAAAAGCAAAAGCAAAUUGAAAAACAUCAAAAAGAAUUAGAAAUCGAAUUUGAUAAAAUUCAACACCCUGCAGAAGAAACCUAUCUCUACAGAGAAAAGAAUGAUACAUUCAAAAGAAUUAUUAGAGGUAUUUCUAGAAUUGCCAGAGAUGAAAGUAAAUGGAUAGCCUUUAUGUUUUGUAUUGCCAAUGGUGUAUUUUACUCUAGUAUAAUAUCUCUAGUAUAUUUAUUGGCUGUAUUCCUUUAUGGUAGAUUAUUUGAAAGCCCAAGACCAUCGAAAAAUUUCUGGAGAUUUAUGAUUGGAUACAGUAGUUUUAUUAUUUGUAUCAAAUAUAUAUAUCAAAUUCCUUUUUGUGAUUGUUCAAGCCAAAAUGAAAAUAAUAAUGCACCAGAUGACUCGCAUCAUCUCGAUUUCAUAUCAACCACUGCUCCUUCUAUUAUUGAACCAACAUGCUGGCAAUGCCCUGCCAACGAACCUGAAGCUCAAGUUCUAUUAACAACCCCACAUUUAAUUGGUCUCUAUCUUAUCAAUGGUCAUUUUAUUACUGGUGCAUUUUGGGAUUUAGCAAUUUUAUUAGGUUCUUUAUGGCACAGACACGUUUAUAGAUCAAAAGGUCUUUGGAAUUUCCAAGAAAAAGAUUUUUAUAUUGAUCAAGAACCAAUUAAUUUAUUUAAAAAUAAUAAUAAUAAUAAUGUUUUAAAUAACUCACUAAACUCAAAUGUUUUAAAUAAUUCAAUUAAUAAUAAUAAUUUAAAUAAUUCUUUAAAUAAUAAUAAUAAUAAUAAUAAUAAUAAUAAUAAUAAUAAUAAUAAUAAUAAUAAUAAUAAUAAUAAUAAUAAUAAUAAUAAUAAUAAUAAUAAUAAUAAUAAUAAUGAUAAUGUUAAUUCACCAUUGGUGCUUUCAUCAAAAGAAAUUUUAGUUGAUAUUGAAGAGUCACCAAAUAAUAUAAUAUUGGAUUCAAAUGAUCAAGCUUUUAUCGAAUAUCAAGAUGAAGAUGAAAUUUUAAAUGAAGAUGAAAUUUUACAUGAAGAUGAAGAAUCCAAAAAGAGUUCAAUAUUUUCAACAAUAUUAAAACCAUUUAAAUGGUUUAUAAUAUCUUUUAUUGAAUAUAUUUGGUUAGUUACUAGAACAGAAGAAAAACCAGGUAGAGAUUAUUAUAUGCCACUUUUCUUUUCAGAUUUUGCUUGUUUACUCUUUUUAGUAAUUUUCCCACAAAACUUUACAGCUAUUCCAUCCUCCGAUAUCACUCAAUUCCUUGAGCAAAAUGUUAUUCCAAGACAAUAUAUUAUUAUAUUAUUAACUCAGUUUGGUAUAAUCAUAUUAGACCGUAUUAUUUAUCUUUAUAAAUCAAUUAAAGCCAAGUUUAUUCUUCAAAUUAUCUUGACCAUUCUUUAUCAUGUCUUUUUAUUCUUUUAUUUCCCAAAAGAAUUAUUAGGUGCUCCAUUCGAUUUCUCUUAUGCCUGGAGUUUAGUAGUAUUCUAUAUCUUAAAAUGUAUCUACCUUUAUUACUCUGCUCUUCAAAUUUGCUAUGGUUAUCCAAUUAUCUCUCAAAACAGAUUCUUAAUGGACGGCUUCUCAGAUUUCCAUAAUAUUGGUUAUACAGUAUACAAAGCAAUUCCAUUUGUAUACGAAUUAAGAACAUUGUUAGAUUGGAUUGCCACUGACACUACCCUAUUAUUCUAUGACUGGUUAAAAUUUGAAGAUCUUUAUUCAUCUAUUUUCUCUGUCAAAUGCCGUCUCGAAUGGAUAAAACGUCAAGGUAGAAAGAAAGGUCAUAAACAACCGAAAUUGGAAAAGUUCAUUACUGGUGUAACCUUUUUCGUUGGUUUAGUUUUAAUUCUUUGGUUCCCAUUAAUCAUUUUAAGCUCUGGUUUACCAGGUUCAAAUAUCGAGCCUGUAACCAAUGUUAAUAUCGAUGUUUCAAUUAUGGGUUGGAAUCCUUUCCUUGUAAUCAAUCAGGAUCUCAGUUUAGAAAAUUCCAAUGGUGUUAGUGGUAUCUCUGCAACAUAUUUAAACUCAUCACAGUUUGAUGAUCUACGUAGAUCAUAUAAUUUCCUUACUCCUGAUGAUAAGCCUGGUGUUCAAAAUAUUAGUGUCAAUACUUUCUCUGAAGAUUAUUGGAAUCUUUCCCCACCAUCUAAAGAUCAACUAAUCCAAUUUUUACAAUUCAAUACAACCUUAUCAAUUCAAACCCAGUAUACUUUAACAAGAAGUGGUAAUGUUAAUGUUGAUAUUCCAGGUUCGAAUAGUGUUCAACUCACAUUAUCACAGCAACUAGAUCUCUUCAAAGUAAUAAAUGGAACAUCUGAAAACAACUCUUUUAAUGUAACAGGUCUCUUUUAUCAAUUCCUUAAAUUACCAGGUGUUUCAGGGUCAUUAAUAUAUCCAUCAACAAAUAUGAUCGAUGUUUUGUUUACGAUGAAUACUACCAACUCAACUCCACCUCAAUAUUAUUGGCAAGUUACUCAAUUAAAUGGUGUGCCAUUACAAUUCUAUACAAUUUCCUCAAAACUACCAAAUGGUAUAACAAGUAGUUUAGUAUCAGCCGGUAUUAUAGGUCUUUAUGUAUCGGUUGUCCUUUCUGUAGGUCGUUUCCUUCGUCUUUAUGUUACCGGUUUAUCUUUAAGAAUAGAAUUUGAAAAUUUAGAUAAUUGUGAUGAAAUAUUAAAAAUGAUUGAUGAUGUUUUCAUUGCAAGAGAAUAUGGCGAUUUAAUUUUAGAAGAAGAAUUAUACCACGAAUUAAUUCAACAGCUUCCUCAGCACCCCCUUCAAGAUAAAACUUUCGAUUGUGAUGCCGUAAAUUUAGCGUGUCUCAAGCAAGCAAAGUGGAGUCCAACCACUACACUCCGUGACGAUUUCGCUAGUUGUGCAACACUUUUCUUAGAUGUUGAAACAAAACAAUUAUGCACAUGGAUACCAGAAAAUGAUACCAUUUAUAUCACACCGAUCAUAGAGAAAUGCUCCCAAUAUAAAGAUAAAAUGCCAUUAGAUGAAUGUGUUAGAGAAUUGAAAGGUUGUUUUAAAUUUUUUAAUAAAUAUAAUUAA